GCAUACAAACACACAGGCUCACAUUCACACACACACACACACACACACAAUCUCAGUUACAGAUGAAUGCCAUACCUAUAUCAACCUCACCAUUCUCAGAUGCAUCACUCCACACAGAAACAUUCUCGGUCUCUCUCUGUAUACCCUGACAGUCGUCCCCAAGCAGCUUGCUAGUUAUCUAGUCACAAUCUACUGGAUAUCUAUCGAUGCCAGCAGUCAGCCAGUCUCACAACCUCGGCUAUACCCAGAGCUAAUAUCUGCAUUAGUAAAAGUCUCUUGUUAUGAAACGUACCCUGAACUAGGAUACAUAUUCUUGUGGAUUAACAGAUGGUCAUAUUUUGGAUUCCUAUCAAACAUCUAUCCUACAACGGAUGCAAUCUAAGCAAAUUCAAGAUUCAAUGAAAUAUGAAAAUUUGAGUCCGUCGAAGAAAGACAAGAAAACUAGACAUUUCAGCCCUUCAACAAGGAUCAUAUUUAAAUUAUUAACAUUCUAAAACACUCCACAUGUAACAUAUUGUUACAUACAUCUUAUUUACACAUGUACACGCAUACAAAUAGUUUUCCUUGUAUACAUAGAUGUAUAAUUGAUGAUAUUUACGCAUACAAAAUGCAAAUGUAGAUAUAUAUAUAUACAUACAUCUCCAUAUAAAUACAUACAAUCCAAAUAAGUUUUUGAUCAGGACAGAAUAAACAUAGUAUGUAAAAACACAAAUUCCAAAUAUAAAUUGAUACUGACGAACAUCUAUAUACACGCAUUUGUUUACAUAUAUAACUUCAUAUAUAUAUAUACACACACUGCAUUAACAGUAUUCAAAGAUACAAACAUCCACACACAUAUCCAAAUUCACAGCCACUCAUAUACACACACUUCAUAGAUAGAUGAGUAUAUAAGUAUAAUCUUAAAAUAUUUGUGAAAAUGUCUCGUUUAGAGGAAGGAAUUAAGCAUUUUAAUGCUGAGGAAUACAAAGAGGCAUUAACAUGCUUUAAUGACUCGCUGAAGACUCAGUGUAGCACGGUAGAACAGAAUGACAUUCUUCAAAGGCGAGCACGUUGCCAUUUAUAUCUUGGUAAUGUCAGUCACGCAAUUGAAGAUGCAAAACAGCUUAUCAAAAACCAGCCAAAUUCUACUGCUGGCCACAUCUUACACGGCAAGGCACUAACAAAAGCAAAAAAGUUCGAAGAUGCGCUUUCGGCCUACCGUAAAGGUUUAGACGUCGAUCCCAGCGAUAAAGUGAUCGCACAGUGUCUAAAAGAUAUGCAGAAUGCUAUUGUAAAUUGUUACGAACAGAAAGCUAAAGGUACAGACAUGAGUUACAACGCUGUUAAUUUGUGUACACAAGAAUCUUAUCCCGGCGAUGAAGAACUGGCAGAAAACGAAAGACAGAUUAUUGAGAUGAAAGGUUACAAUAAACUACCAAGUAUAUAUAGUGGUAUGCCUGAUCCGGAACAGGCCCAUAAAUAUCUGCUGUUGGCCAGGAAAGAAAUUAAAGCUGGGAACUUACAAAGUGCUCUAAAGUCGUAUGAUGUCUCACUGAGUAGAGAUCCUUUAAACUUUGAUAGUUGGACAGAAAAGGCAAUCGUAUUGCAUCAGCUGGAAAGGAAUGGAGAAGCGUAUCAGUGUGUGGCUGCAAUCCCAUCAGAGUGCAGGAGUUCGGACAACUGGAAACUUGGAGGAAAGAUACUUUUUGACCUUGACCUGCCUGUCACAGCUGAAAUGUGGCUUCGGAGGGCGACUCAGAUGAGUCAGCGAAAAGAUCUGGAAGCUGCUACACUCUUCCAGAAAAUCCGAGUCCAUCGAUUAUAUCAUCCCCUGGUGAAAGAUUCUAAAGUGAAAGUAGAUUUUACAGAAUUUGGACGUGCCGUAGUGGCGAGACAAGAUAUAAAGGCUGGUGAUGUAGUCCUUGCUGAUCAACCUGCGGUUUUUGCUCAGCUAUUAGAGAAGGAUCCGGUGUUGGCCUGUCCAAAUUGUGCCAAGUCUAUGAUGUCAGCACAAGAUUACUUCGGUUCAAGUGCUUUAAAAAAGAAUAAAACUCUAAAAGCCGCUGUUACCAAAUACUGGCCAAUCGUACCACGGAUUCCUUGCAAUGGAUGCAACGAAGAAAUAUAUUGUUCGGAAAUCUGUCGUGAUGAAGCCUGGUCGCAUUAUCACGAAGUUCUGUGUCCAUCUGUCAAUUCGGAAGCUCAUAAGCUGUACGAGCUUUGUCAGAAAGUCAAAGAAUUAGGUGAAGAUCGACGAAAAAUAUGGAGCGCCAGUUUUAGUCCAACUAUCCUUGCUCGAAUUUGGGCUGCCAUCAUUUGCCACGCGAAGAGACUGGCUGCUGGAAAUGGUUCCUCCACCCCUACACAGAUGCAAUGGGCUAUUGCUAAAUCUCCAUACAGACGUUUUAUUGCAUAUGGAGCCCAAGGUGUUGCAGGCAAAUUCACGGUGAUGCAUCAAGUUAUGAAGGAUGUAUUCAAUGGUCUCCCUGAAGGUUUGCGUUAUGAUGUAACAGCGCGUGAGUUCGACGGACGUUAUUUACAAAUGGCAUGUAACGUACAAUCAUUCUCUGAUGGACGAAAUCCGUUGCAUUGUUUCUUAAAUUCAAUCAGUAAUUUCUCUCAAUACGCCCAGCUUUCGGACUUUGUCGACGUUGACAAUAUUCCGGAAGCCAAUUUUGCUGGUGUGUUUCCGGUACAGUCUUGCUUCAAUCAUAGUUGUGCCAAUACUAUCGAAGUAAUGGACGGUCUGUCGAAAGGACGACCCGGAAUUCACCUAAGGGCCCGUGCAAAUAUCAAAGCUGGCGAAGAAUUAUUUAGCACUUAUAUCGAUACAUCAACCCCACGUCGAGAAAGAAGAGCUUGGCUGUUCAGAGGCUACAAUUUCUGGUGUCAAUGUCUACGGUGUAGAUUUGAAGGAGACGGGCCAGACGUGUGUGCUAAUUGUGAAACACAAGCUCCAGAGGGAAAGCAAUUCCCGGCCUGUGGCAAAUGCCGAAAAGUUUGGUAUUGUUCUCCAAAGUGUCAAAAGAUAGCCUGGAAAGCGGGACACAAGAAAAUUUGCACCGCAGUCAAUGCUGAUGCGCCGCCACCAGCGUCCAUUUGAUGUUGUCUUCGAUCUUCCAUCUCAUUCUGAUAAUUCACAAAUCCAUCCAUUACUCAGCAAAUCAAUGAGGAUGGUAAAACAUGUAACGUGCGUGCUAUAGGUAUCUUGCGCUGAGCGAUUUGUUGCGUUCAAUGUGCUACGAAGAGAAGAUCUACAUGGCUUUGGUUGGGAGGUCAAACAACGGACGUUGCCUCGUUUCAUGUUCCUAUUGUUGGGUAGGAAAUAGGGAUGUGUCUGUCAUGAAACAUUUCUGAAGCUAAUCAGGAAAGAUAAGUGUAGUUUGAAACAAGAAGUAAUUAGGGCCAGUUAUGACAUUAUACAUUACGUUCAGAUUCAGCGUGUAUUUAUCCCACGCACACACAAACAUUCGCAUGCAAGCUCACAGAGGCGCCCUCUGUUGGAUUAAUCGACCUGUUAUAGCCAUGAAAUCGCUCACGUGCCAAACUUUGCUGUCUAAAAACAAAGCGAAAACAGCCGACAUGUUUAUCCAAUCAUAUGUUCGUUGAUUAUCACUGAAAAUAGCAGCAGAAUGACUACGGAAGGAAUAUUUUGAUCAAAGGAUUAUUUAAUCAAACCAUCCCUGGAGCUAAUCAACAACAACAACAACAACAAUAACAGCAGCAGCAAGAACAACAACAGCAUCAGCAGCAGUAACACUAUCACCACCACCAACAACACCGGCAACAACACAUUAGGAAACAAACACAUGCAUACAUACUCGGCCAUACAUGCACGCAUGCACACAGACACACACAGACACAGACACACACACACACACACACACACACACACACACACACACACACACACACACACACACACACACACACACACACACACACAAACACACACACACAAACACACACACACACGAGUGCAUUCAUAUAUAUUUACAUGCAGAAUUCUUUCAACAUGCGAACGGAGGAGAAUGUCUCUAACCGUUUGAACGACCGGCUAGAAAUAGAAACCAAAUCAUUUUCAAAUCACCCCAUAACAUCUGAAAAAAAGGAAGAGAAAAAAAAAUGUCACAUUUGAUAAAUUUUAUCCUCUAAAUUCCCUAAAAGAGAUGAUCACGACUGGAAUGUCUCUCCUCAUGUCUCCUAGAUUAAGAUUAACAUAAGGCGAAACAAGAGUUACUUAAGCAUGCACACACAUGCACACGCAUGCACACAAGAACGCAUGCCCACACUGGCCGACUCACGUACACACACGCACACAGUUUCUCUCUCUCUCUCACACACACACACACACACACACACACUCGUAGACGCAUACACACAGAAUACACGGUCUCUUUCUCUCUCCGUCUCUCUCACUCUCUCACACAAACACUCACACACUCUCUCACACUCACACACAUACACGCAUACGUACACAGACGCACACAUACACACACACAACUUUUGGAUUCAUUUCAAUCCCACAUCAUUUGAACAUAGGCUGGAUUAAACGAAUCGGUAGAGCGUCCGUAUUUAUUUAUACCCUAAUCCAUUUACCAGCGAGGUCACCUUUAUUCUUCUGGGGUCGAUCAAAUAAAGUACCAGCUAUGUACUUGGGUCCAUACAUAGCCAACUCUACAAGACAGUAGUGGGAGUAGCAGUAGUAGUAGUGUGAGGGCAUCCGCUGUAACAUCGCUGUAACAUCGCUGUGACAGCGUGUCGCUGCAUCCAUCGUUUCUUGGUGACUCUCCUCUGCUCUUGGCGGAUGACAUCUCUGCAAAACUCAUGCGACAUUCCUCCAACCCCUCAAACCGUGGGUCUGGUUUGAGUAGUUGUUGCUGGUGGGGUUUUUACGACGUCGGAGUGCAAAUCCUACCUCAUCCCCUUUUAAUCGCUUUUACGAUAGGCAGAAGAAACGUUGGGUCUAUUCUUUGGUAUGCCGGUUCCUACACCGCAUCGGAGCAACGUCGAAUGAAAUGUUUGGCUACAGAACACAACGCGCUGCCCGGUCAGAGACUCGAAACUGUGACCUAACCAUCGUGAGUGCAACAGCUUGUCCACUAGGCCAUGUACCUCCAUAGUACAGUUUCCUUAAACCUGUUACCUCUUGCUAAUGCUUCUUAAUGCAGGGAGGUGCAAAAGUGGAAAGUUAUGGAAAAAAAAAAAAGAAAAAAUGUACAAUACUCAUUAUUUUUAUGAAAAUAUUAAAAGUUUGCUGCAUUUUUGAUAUUUUCAGUGUCGUUAAUCGCAAUAAUACAUUUACCAUAACUAUGAUGAUACAUUUAUCAUAAUUAUGAUAAUAUUUUUAUCGUAAUUUUAAAAUUUUUGAUAAAAAUAAUUGAGCGUUGUACUCGUUUCCUUUUUCUCAAAACUGUAUACCGACUUUUGCAGCCGACUGUAUAUUGGUUUGAAAUUUUGGUACAAGAUUGGUAAUUUCGUUCAGAAAUAAAUCAAUCACAUCAACCCCUGUGCUCAACUGGUACUUAUUAUGUUGACCCCCACCCCCAGAAGAAUAAAAAAGUUGACCUCGGCAGAAUUUGAACUUAGAACUUAAAGACGGACGAAGUGGAGUCAAAUAGUUUGUCUGUCGCGGUAACGAUUCUGCCAGCUCACCGUAUUGCUGGAAAUACAUUGUGAAACAUUAGUUGUUAAAUAAUUAACAUAAAUUAGCAUAAAUUAGUGUAAUGUAUACGUGUAUAGAAUAAACAGCAUUUCACACACGCAUCAAAAGCCAGAUUUUUCCAUAAGUCCUAACAAUUGUAUAGUUAUGAUUUCGAAAUUCUGAGGUAUCACUUUGUCCUUAACCAAUAUCUAGUUUCCAUAACUUGUG